ACAUAUGUCUCUUCCUAUUCUGUUGUGAACACUCGAGCCGAACACAUCGUUGUAAGAGUAAAAUCAAAUUGGAAUAAAUUUAAUUCAAAAUCAUCCGUGUCAGUUUAUAACUUAUUACAAAAUAACAUAAAUGUAUUCGAGACUCAUCCCACAUGAAAUACAACGAUCUCUGUAUUGAUUGAAAUAUCAUUACACGCUGUCAUUAUUAAAGAUAAAAAAAGACUUUGCGAACAAAUACAUAGGCACGCUUUAUAAUAACAACAUCAUUGAAAUAAAAUGUGAGAUAAAAUCGUCGAGCGCACACUACAUUUAUAAUUCAUCUAAGCCAGUUUUUUGUUCGAUGCCGACUUGUUAUUUCAACUUUCGUUCAAAGAUAGAGCAUUUUGGUGCUUAAGUCUAACGACUAGAUGCGUAGUUGCUCAGAGGAGAUUUCAAUAAAAUUGGUCAUAUUAUCAAUAAAAUUUUAAAAAGUAUCUCUCCAAAGAUCGGAAAAUAAAUCAAAGGAAAGAUGGCAAAUCCAAUUUUCCAGAGCUGUUGCAGUUGCCAGACCUUGCGUAUUGGUUCCGUUAUUGCUGGUGUUGCAGCCAUUCUUCUUUCCAUCGUUUCGCUCAUUAUAAUGUUUACCGUGCGUGUUACUUACCGAACGAUUUUCCUCGAUUGGCUACCGCCGAAUAUCGUUAGAAUUAUCAUUGCAUUUAAUUUGUUGAUGACCAUUUUGAUAUCGGCUAUAAUGUUGGUUGGAGCACUUAAGCGAAAUCAUUAUUUGAUGUUGCCAUGGGUAGUUCUUGGUGCAAUGUUAGUCGUGGGAUUAUUGUUAUCGGUCAUCUACACUGGAUUUAUGUUCAUCAUUGACGGAUUUGUAAUGACAGCUAUAGUGUGGAUCAUACUUGGUCUCAUAGUUACUGCUAUUUUCGCAUACAUGUGGUGUGUUGUGUAUAGCCAUUUCACAGUUUUACGCGAAGAGACCAAACGAGGCAAAUACAAUCGUCAACCAUAUAGACGAUAAAUAUUAAAUUUGAUUUCACACAUAUGCGGUCAUCAAUUGGAUGAAAAUUAUAAGUGCGGAUGUAUGUUUUGUUAAUAACAAAACAAAUCAUAUUACUAACAAACUACGACUAACAAAUGAGAUACACAAAAAUGAUAUUCUAAUCGAAAUAAUUUGUCGAUCGUUGUAGAGACUUGUUCGAAGUUAGAUUACUUAUCACAGUGAUUCGACUAUGUCGUUCUUUAAAUUUUAUAUUUAAUUAUUGAAUAAUUUCAGCGUUUUAUUCAUCUUCAUUA